UUUUUCUACCACCUAUUAGUACAAAGAUCACAUUCCGGACUUCCCGAAUCGCAUUUGAAGCAGAAGAGCAAUGAUCAAUCGCUCUCUGCCGUCUCCCGCGAAUUUGGUCCCGCCUCCGCCCAAAACCCUAAACCCAUCCAGCCAAAAGACAUCCCGAAUCCAAACCCUCAAAAUACCCAACUUCGAACACUUGAAGAACCGCCUGAUCCAUCAAGCCAGUGUGGGCCACCUCCGCCAGGCAAUCUCGACCCUUGAUCUCAUGACCCAACAAGGCCUCACCCCCGACCUCUUCACCUACUCCCUCCUCCUCAAAUCCUCCAUCAGAACCCGCCAAUUCCAUCUAGGUAAGCUCGUCCACGCCAGACUAUCCGAGUCGCAGCUCGAGCCCGACUCGGUCUCCCUCAACUCACUAAUCAGCUUGUAUUCGAAGAACAACGACUGGGUAACGGCCAAUGCUAUCUUUGAAAACAUGGGUGAGCGACGAGACGUGGUUUCUUGGAGUGCAAUGAUCUCGUGCUUCUCACGUAAUGAUAUGGAAUCGAAAGCUAUAUCUACUUUUGUUAAGAUGCUUGAGUUUGGAGAAUGCCCCAAUCAGUUUGGCUUUGCCGCCGUGAUUCGGGCAUGUUCGAAUGCCGAGAAUGCUUGGAUUGGGGAUGUAAUUUUUGGGUCUGUGAUAAAGACUGGGUAUUUUGAGUCUGAUGUGUGUAUUGGAUGUGCAUUGAUAGAGAUGUUUGCGAAGGGAAGUGGUGACUUUGAUUCAGCAAAGAAGGUGUUCGACAGAAUGCCUGACAGAAAUUCAGUGUCUUGGACUUUGAUGAUAACUAGAUAUUCUCAUAUGGGUAAUCGAAAGGAAGCCGUUGAGUUGUUUAUCGAUAUGGUAGAGAGCGGUUAUAUGCCAGAUAAGUUUACUUUUACUAGUUUGGUUUCUGCUUGUGCAGAGUUAGGGAUAUUAUCGUUUGGGCAGCAAUUGCAUGCUCAAGUGGUCAAGUAUGGGUUGGCUUUCGAUGUUUGUGUUGGCUGUAGUUUGGUUGACAUGUAUGCGAAAUGUGCAGAAGAUGGAUCUAUGGUUAAUUCAAGGAAAGUUUUCGAUGUUAUCCUUGAUCAUAAUGUUAUAUCUUGGACUUCGAUUAUCACAGGUUGUGGGCAGAGCGGAAAGCAUAGUAAGGAAGCCAUCGAGCUCUAUUGCAGGAUGAUCGAGGAUCAAGUUUUACCUAAUCAUUUCACCUUUUCCAGCCUUUUCAAGGCAUGUAGUAAUCUUUCUGAUCCUGAUACUGGUGAACAGAUUUAUGCACAUGUGGUGAAAAUGGGUCUUGCGGCAGUUAAUUGUGUCGGGAAUGCUCUUAUUAGCAUGUAUGUUCGAUCUGGUAGGAUGGAAGAUGCUAGGAAAGCUUUCGAUAUUCUAUUUGAGAAGAAUUUGGUUUCUUACAACACAAUUGUUGAUGGAUGCACCAAGAAUAUUGAUUCUAAUGAAGCCUUUGGAGAAUUCCAUCAAAUUGAGGAUACUGGGUUCGUGCUCGAUUCUUUCACAUUUGCCAGCCUCUUGAGUGGAGCUGCUAGUAUAGGGGCAGUUGCUAAGGGUGAACAAAUUCAUGCUCGGUUACUAAAGGCAGGGUUCGAGUCAAAUCAGCUCAUAGCUAAUACUCUAGUUUCCAUGUAUUCAAGAUGUGGAACCAUGGAAGCUGCUUUGCGAGUUUAUUUCAAAAUGGAACGUUUGAAUGUGGUAUCAUGGACUUCUAUUAUAACAGGGUUAGCAAAGCAUGGAUUCGCAACAAGAGCAUUGGAAAUGUUCCAAGAAAUGCUUAAUGCAGGUAUAAAGCCAAACGAGGUCACCUAUAUUGCCGUUCUAUCAGCUUGUAGCUACGUAGGUAUGAUCGAUGAGGGGUGGAAGCACUUCAACUCAAUGUACAAAGAGUACGGGAUAAGCCCUAGAAUGGAACACUAUGCAUGUAUGGUUGAUUUGUUAGGCCGGUCAAGCUUCUUAGAGGAAGCCAUGCAGCUCAUCAACUCAAUGCCUUUCGAAGCUGAUGCUUUGGUCUGGCGCACAUUGCUUGGAGCUUGUCGAGUCCAUGGUAAUAUCGCGCUUGGGAAACAGGCAGCUGAAAUGGUUAUUGAGAAAGAGCCAAAUGAUUCAGCAGGGUACAUUUUGCUAUCAAACUUGUACGCUUCCAUGGGCCAAUGGAAUGAGGUAGCAGAAAUUAGAAAAACCAUGAAAAAGAAGAAUUUGGGAAAAGAAGCUGGCAGUAGCUGGAUAGAGAUAGAAAAUACGAUGCAUAAGUUUCACGUGGGAGAUACAUCCCAUCCCCAAGCAGAGGAAAUAUACAAAGAACUUGAUCAAUUGGUUACCGAGAUAAAGGAGGUGGGUUAUGUCCCUGACACAAGCUCUGUUCUUCAAGAUGUUGAGGAUGAACAGAAGGAGGAAUUUCUGCUGCAACAUAGUGAGAAAAUUGCCGUGACAUUUGGUCUUAUUAACACGUCAAAACCUAAGCGUAUUACUGUAUUUAAGAAUCUCCGCGUGUGUGGAGAUUGCCAUAAUGCUAUGAAGUACAUAUCGAUGGUAAAGGAGAGAGAAAUUGUUUUGAGGGAUUCUAACCGGUUUCACCAUUUCAAAAAUGGGAUCUGCUCCUGCAAUGAUUACUGGUGAUGACCGUUUCUUGAGCAAGACAAUUUCAUUCUUCCGGUUUUGAAGGUCUCGGCUGCUAAAUUUUUAGCUGCAAUCUUCUUCAUAUUGUAGAUUUCGGAGGUAAAUACGUAUUGCAUUGAUUGCAACCAAAACCUGUUUUACAAUUCAAUGUCUUCAUUUUGUUACCAAAAAUACUGAAGCAAAUUUGCAGAUGCUGGAUUUAUCAAAAUUGAAAUAUGCCAAUUGAGGCGUUUUCAUGCCAACGAAGACGUUUGUUGCUGCCUUUUCGACUCAUUCCAAAAUAUGAACCGUCAACAGAUUGAAACCAUUCACUUUCUUGUCACCAUGCAUGAAAAUUUCUCGUUCUUAGUACAGGCCCAAGGAAAUGCUGAGGAGCAAACCCAAAUGUAGGCAUUGCUUCCACGCGGAUUGCAUCAAUGAAUGG